AAAGUCAACGACAAGGCGACGAUUUCGCCAAGCAGCGCGCAGAACUCGGCGAUUGCGCAAGCGUGAAGCACGGUUUGCGCGGAAAUUAAUGUUCUUAAAAUAUUUCAAAUAACGAACGUAUUUGUUGUACGCACGCUAAAAAUAAAGUAAAGUAAAGUGGGUGUGUUACAUGUGGUGGAGUGAACUUAAUGAAAUUGAAGUAUGACUGAACUUUUGUACAAAAACAAAAACGAUAAAACAAAGGAAGUGAUAUAAAUAUAUAUAUAGAGAAAUAUAUAUUCAAAUAAAUAUACAAAAGUAUUGACGACAAGUAAAUAAAAUUGGCUGAAUAAGUGACGAAUUGAAGGUUAAGUUCAUACACUUAUAUAACUAAAUAAUUACACAUUAUGAAGUCUCUACUGUUCGCACUGGCUGCGAUUUGCAGUUGGUGCAUAAACACCGUGCAAGGUCAUGGACGCCUUAUGGAUCCACCUGCACGAAAUGCCAUGUGGCGUUUCGGCUUUCCAAAUCCCGUAAAUUAUAAUGAUAACGAACUGUUUUGCGGUGGAUACGCGGUGCAAUGGGAGCAGAAUUCCGGUCAAUGUGGCGUCUGUGGAGAUGCGUAUCACGUGAAGACACCACGACCACAUGAGGCGGGUGGUGAAUUUGCAAAGGGCAUCAUAUCACGAUACUACGCAGCUGGACAGGAAAUCGAUGUUGAGGUUGAACUCACCGCCAAUCACUAUGGUCGUUUCGAAAUGUUCCUCUGCCCAAAUAAUAAUCCACGACGUGAGGCCUCACAAGCGUGCUUCGAUCGUUAUCCACUGUACAUUUCCGGUAGUCGGGAACAUCGCUUCCUGAUACCACGUGACGCACCCAAAAAGGAGAUCUUCCGCUAUCGUGUACGUCUGCCACCUUACGUUACAUGUACUCAGUGUGUGCUGCAAUGGACCUACUACACAGCCAACAUGUGGGGCACUUGCUCCAAUGGCACUGAGGCGGUGGGCUGCGGCAAGGCGGAAACCUUCCGUAACUGCGCCGAUAUUGCCAUUGUCUCCAACACCGGUGGCGGUGUUCCACCAAUCUUUGUGAAUAACAAAUCUCCAUAUCUGCUCUACUACAGAGAUUAUCGUGCGCCAGAUGAUAACAAUGUCUUCCCACUUAUUGUGCGCGAUCAGAAAUGUAUUGCCGCGCCAGCAUUCCGCACCAUACCCGGUAUGGACAAUUGGUGUGAAACGAACUGCUUGCGUUACCCACCCAACUGUCCAGAAUCGGCAUGUCAUUGUCCUAAGGAUUGUGUGGCGAUUGGUGAGCUAGAGGGGCGCGAAGGUGCGGACACAUAUUGUAUGGAUGAAUGUCUGAAUCACGCUUCCGUGUGUCCAGUGGAUAGAUGCCGUUGCUUCUAAGGUAACACAAAGUUUUUCAAACACUGUCUGUAAGAGCAUUGCUUGGACUGGUUAUGCUCUGCAGCGAACAAAGUUCAUAAGCGCUCAAGCUUGUGAAGAACGGAUCAAAGCUGUGCUACAAAUUCUGUGCCUUUUUUAAAUAUCUAUGUAUGUACGAAGUAAUAAAAUGUUUUUGGUAAAAA